AUGCGGCGGUCCAGCACGGAGGAGACCCCUACCGCCGGAGCCCGUCGCCGACAAGCUCAAGAGGUGCAGCAUGGCCCGCACUGUCUGCAUUGCAUCAAGUAUCUCAUGUUUCUCUUCAACCUCCUCUUCUGGCUGGGCGGCUGCGGCAUCCUGGGCGUGGGCAUCUGGCUGGCGGUCACCCAGGGCAACUUCGCCACCCUGUCGUCCUCCUUCCCGUCGCUGUCGGCCGCCAACCUGCUCAUCGCCACCGGCGCCUUCGUCAUGGUCAUCGGCUUCGUCGGCUGCGUCGGCGCCGUCAAGGAGAACAAGUGCUGUCAGCUCACUUUUUUCAUCAUGCUGCUACUCGUCUUGCUGCUGGAGCUCACGGUGGUCAUCCUCUUCUUCGCCUACACGGACAAGAUCGACAAAUACGCUCAGCAGGACCUGAGGGAUGGCCUGCACCUCUAUGGGACCGAGGGGAACAUUGGACUCACGAAUGCCUGGAGCAUCAUCCAGACUGACUUCCGGUGCUGCGGCGUGUCCAACUACACGGACUGGUUCGCCGUGUACAACAGCACGCGCGUGCCCGACUCCUGCUGCCUGGAAUUCAGCGACAGCUGCGGGCUCCACUCGCCCGGAACCUGGUGGAAAGCGCCCUGCUACGAGACGGUGAAGACGUGGCUGCAGGAAAACCUCCUGGCCGUCGGGGUCUUCGGCCUGUGCACCGCCCUCGUGCAGGUACAGCCCGCCCCGGACCCUGGACCCCAUCCUGGGCUGACCUUCGCCAUGACGAUGUACUGCCAGGUGCUCAAAGCGGACACGUACUGUGCGUAG